CUCAUGUGUGCGGCAUGGACAUAUCCAGCCGAGCUAGCUAGGUGCACGCCACUCUCCAUCCCACUCCGCUCCCCUUCACUCCCCAGUCCCACAGAGCUCGCUCACCAGUCACUCCUCACUCCUGCCCCGCUCCAAGCUCGCCCCGCACAUACACAAUGCGCCGACGCAUGCAUCUCGCCGCCGCCAUCCUCUGCGUCGCACUGGCACUCCCCCUCGCGGCGGCCGCGGCGGGCAAGGCAACCGCCGCCGCGCCCGCGGCCCCGUCAGCUCCACCGAACGUGACGGCGGCCAUGGUGAAGGGCGGCUGCAAGGCCUUCGCGGCCCUGAUCGCGGCCUCCCCGGACGCGGCCUCCACCUACUCCUCGGCCGCGGGCGGCGGCAUGACGGUGUUCUGCCCCUCCGACGACGCGGUCGCGGCGUUCGCGCCCCGGUACAAGAACCUGACCGCCGACGGCAAGGCGUCGCUGCUGCUGUUCCACGCCGUGCCGGUGUACUACUCCCCGGGGAGCCUCAAGUCCAACAACGGCGUGAUGAACACGCUGGCCACCGACGGCGCCGCCAAGAACUACAACUUCACGCUGCAGAACGAGGGCAACGUGGUGACCAUCAAGACGGGCGCCUCGGGCGCCGUCGCGCGGGUGAAGGCCACGGUCCUGGACGCGGACCCCGUCGCCGUGUACGCCGUCGACAGGGUGGUCCAGCCGGUGGAGCUGUUCAAGCCGGCGCCGUCCCCGACGCCCGCGCCCGCGCCUGCCCCGGCCGCCGACGCGCCCAAGGCGGGCAAGGGCGCCCACGCGCGCCACCGGGCCGCGCCCGUCGUCGCGGACGCGCCGGGGCCUGACGCCGACGACGCUCCCCCGGCCGACCAGAAGAAGGACUCCAAGAAGAGCUCUGCCGCCGACGUGGUACGCUCCCGGUGGUUCGCCGCCGCGCUGGCGGUCGUCGCUGUGGCCUCGACGCUUGCUUAGGGUAUUUUCUUCCAUUGUCGGCGUCUGAUCUGUUUGCUGUUAUCGUGACCGUGGUGUGAUGGCGUAUGAUAUGCUCGCGGGAUAUGUGCUUCUUUCUCGGAAGAAAUAGUUGUGUGCUCAAUUUUCUUGUUUC